CCAACCAUAUUUUGACCGUUGUAGCCUAUGACUGUGGAAUGAAACGAUCAAAGCCAGCCACUGUAAACAUCAAAGUGAACAGAGUCUGUCGAAUAGGUUGGAAAGGAGUACGAGAACGAAUAGAGUAUACACCGGGUUCUGGUAGAAGACCCCUUUUCCCGGAAGCCAGACUGGAGUUGUGCGAAGUGCCCUGCAAACUGGAUAGAGUGGCCGCCAAGGUAUCUUUGGCCACUCGUCACAUUGGCAAAGGAUGUGAUAGAGACACUUACUCCGUGGAAUCUCAGAGAAAGCUCUGCGGUUAGUCCUUGUUCAUUUUAACUU